AUGUCGGCCUCCGCCAGCCUCCAACUCCGAUUGGGUGCGACCCAGCUCAAGGAUUGGGACGUUCACCGAGUAUCAGGAGAUGGAUUUACGGCUCUCAUCCGAUCAAUUUCACAGAAACAAAAGGAUCGUGAGCCAUUCUACAUAUUGGAUUUGGGAGCUGUAGUGAGGCUCAUGGACAUGUGGAAACAAGCUCUUCCCAACGUGGUGCCAUACUAUGCUGUUAAAUGCAAUUGCCAACCUCCAUUGAUCACUGCGCUUGCCUCACUGGGCGCAAACUUCGACUGCGCAAGUCGUGCUGAGAUUGAGACGGUGAUGGCACUUGGAGUUGGUGCCCAACAGAUUGUGUACGCCAAUCCAUGUAAGGGCGAGUCCCAUCUAAAGUACGCAGCCAGUGUGGGGGUCAACCUCACCACCUUCGACUCCAUGCAGGAGAUUGAUAAGAUUAUAAUGUGGCAUAAAAAAUGCGACUUGCUGCUUCGAAUCAAGGCUCCGAAUGAUGAGAAAGGUUCAUGGCGUUCGCUUGGAUCCAAAUUCGGAGCACUGCGGGAGGAGGUGGUGCCACUUCUUCAGCACGCCAAUGCAGCGGGGCUGAGGGUAAUUGGGGUGUCAUUCCACGUGGGGUCUAAAGUGAAUGACCCCCAAGUGUACCGUGGAGCAAUAGCUUCUGCUAGGGGUGUGUUCGACGCAGCUGCCCAGCUGAAGCUGCCUCCAAUGCAUGUUCUCGACAUUGGAGGGGGGUUCCAGGAAAGCCCAACGUUCCACGAAAUUGCUGCAGUCAUAAAGGAAGCCAUCAAUGAUUAUUUCCCAAGUUCUGAAACAUCUGAAGAUCUCAAGAUAAUGGCUGAGCCAGGGAGAUUCUUUGCUGAAACUGCAUUCACGCUGGUGUCUAAUAUAAUUGGGAAACGGGUGAGAGGCGAGAAGAGAGAGUAUUGGAUUGAUGAUGGGAUCUACGGAUCCUUUAACCUUCCAGCAUAUGAUAAGUCGUCCAUGAUGGUGAAACCGCUGCUUGGAGGAUCAGAGUGGAUGAAUAAGGCUAAAUUCUCUUCGACUGUGUUUGGACCAACGUGUGAUUCCAUGGACAUGGUGGUGGCUGAAUCUCAACUGCCGGAGCUGCAUAUGAAUGAUGUGCUAGUGUUCUAUAACAUGGGGGCAUACACUGCCUCUGCUGGAACCAGAUUCAAUGGCUUUGACAUAUCAUCAAUUUCCACCUUCCUGACGUACGUUUACAGGCAAUAUUAAUUAAAUAAGGCAAAAACAGUACUCCCUCUGUGUGUCUUCCUCUCUGCCUGCACCUGCAUUUAAUUAUUUUCUUAGUGGAGCCAUAUCUGGCCUUUUUGCACGUCUUAUAAACGAAGAAAUCCUCCUUGUUGUCGCAUGGGAGAUUAGGUCAUAUCUCUUGUUGAAAGGAUUAACAGAUCAGUAAAUAAUGGAAUCCAUGAGUCUCAUUAUUUUACUAA